AUGAUACAUGGGUACACAGAGACCGGGGAAUCGUUCCGCGCCGACAUCCAGGCCUUGGAGCAAGCCCUGCAGGACGCAUUCCCCGCGGCGCCUGCCCCGGGCUUCCACCCCGACUACCCCGGGGGCGUGGAACUAGUGUUUCCAACGGGGACCUGGCGCCUCAAACCGACCGACUGGGCGCGGUAUAUCCCCGGGACGGAUCCCGGGUACGGCUGGUUUUACAAAGUCCCGGACGACGACGAGUUCCCGGGGCUGCUUGACGGGCUGGACAAGCUGGGGAAGACCAUGCGCGACGACGGGCCCUUUGCAGGAGUCAUCGGGUUUUCCCAGGGGGGAUUCUUGGCCGGCCUGAUCACCAGCCUGCUCGAACCCGGCCGCGAGCAGAUCUUUGCCACAGAGACAGAAGAGAGCGGAGGCAUUCCCUUUCCAGAAUCCUUCAAGGGUGUUCCCCCGAUCAAGUUUUCCAUCACCUGCUGCGGAUUUGCGGGACUGAGUCCUCGCUACAAGGCUUUUUACUCCCCCAAGAUCGCGGGGCCGAUGCUCCAUGUUAACGGCCAGUUUGACGAUAUCGUGUUUGACAAGAGGAGCCGCACGUUGAUCGAUGCCACGACUGGGUCGGAGGAGGAAAAGGUUCUGGUGCACCCGGGGAAACACACAGUACCCACGUCCAAGCUGUAUACUGAUGCGAUGAUCAUGUUUAUCAGAGCUCAUCUCUCCAGCUAG